AUGGCUUCCGACAAAGUAAAGUUGGUCUCGGCACCGGCUUCGUUGCAAACUGCAACAUUCCCGGCAUCUGUGGCUAAGCCGUCGGAUAUGCGACCCUCUGAAGCCUCCGAGAAGCAGUCUGACGUGCUGACGACUCCCACUGGCGACAUGUGGCCACGUCCUUACUAUUUCGAGGACGGUCUGCGUAGAGUCGCCCCCUACCACUUCACCUAUCACACCUGGGCCAAAGAACGAUGGCGUGGCCGGAAACUAGUCGAUAUAUUUGAAGACGAGUUCAGGGACCGCACCCUUGAGUAUUAUCGCCACGCCAUGGAAACCGGGGCCAUAGUCGUCAACGGGAAGGCCGUCGGGCCGGACCAUGUGGUCAAAAACGGGGACCUGGUGAACCAUACCAUCCAUCGCCACGAGCCCCCAGUCACCGCAGAGCCCAUUCGUGUUAUCCACGAAGACGAUGAGAUGAUUGUCGUUAACAAGCCAUCCGGCGUGCCUGUGCACCCUGCUGGCAGAUACAAGUACAACUCACUCAUCGAAAUCAUGAAAGCUGAGAGGGGCGAGCACUUUUUGCCGUACCCGUGCCAUCGCCUGGACCGCCUCACAAGCGGUAUUCUUUUCAUCGGCAAGACGCCGCAAGGCGCCGUCAAGCUCACCGCGCAGAUUAGGGCUCAUACGGUGCGCAAGGAAUAUUUAGCCCGCGUUGCUGGAAAGUUUCCCGAUGGCGAAGUCAUUUGCGAUCAGCCUAUCCUCCAGAUAUCCCCGCGACUAGGACUCAACAGAGUCCGGGCCAAUGGAAAGUCCGCUCGUACCGUCUUCAAGCGUCUGGCCUAUUACCCGCCGGAAACCCAGAAUGACUCGCAGCCGCAGCAGCCCAAAACCCCGGAACAGCUUGCGGAAGAGGAGCGUCGGCCUUGGAUUAAGAAGGAGGGCUACUCUAUUGUUCGCUGCUUGCCUUUGACGGGCAGGACGCAUCAGAUUCGUGUGCACCUGCAAUUUGUCGGGCACCCGAUUCAGAACGACCCGCUGUACGCAAACCAGCGAGUCUGGGGCAUCAACCUGGGAUGCAACGACUCGGAUGCAGUUGAAAACACGGACGAAGACAUCAUGUCGCGUCUGGAACGGAUGGGUAAGCAGGACAUUGCUGAUGCGGUAGCAUAUCAUGACGAGAUGGUGGACCUGUACGCGAAGAGACGGGCCGAGAAGCUGUCAGGGAAAAACUGCGAAAUUUGCGAUACGCCGCUGUAUACGGAUCCCGGCGAGCAUGAAUUGUCGCUUUGGCUUCACAGCCUCCGGUAUGAAGACGCCGGAGGCGCAUGGGGCUACACCAGCCCGAUGCCCGGAUGGGCGCUUCCUCCGGAUGGCAUGAACGGACCGACGGAGGUUGGUGGACUGGAGGAGUUAGUGGAGGCUAUCAAAGACGAGAACCCUGAAGUGUCUUGA